AAUAAUGGCCAUCUCCAUUGUUCCUCAUCCCUUCCACUUUCAGCCCCCUCUUGUUCUUUGGUUGGACCUCUCAUCCAUCACACCAGCUGCCUAUCAUUUCUUCACAAACUUUUCUUUUUCUUAAGAAAAGAAAAAAAGAAAAAACAAAGCAAAUAAACUCAUAAUUCAUCUCCCAUGUCACAACCAUAACACCAAGCUAUGAAAUGAAACCAUAAAGAAACCCUCCCUAUCUUUCUUGAACCCUUUUCUUUUGCAAUCAAGAAAAAACACCAAAAAUGAAGAGAGAACAUCAAGAAACCAUUGGUGGUGCUGGGAAUUCUAUUGGCAACAAAGCUGAAUCUUCUUCUUCGUCAAUGGCAACCGGGAAAGGAAAAUUAUGGGUUGAAGAUGAUCAAGAUGCAGGUGGCAUGGAUGAAUUACUUGCUGUUUUGGGUUACAAAAUUAAGUCUUCGGAAAUGGCUGAUGUAGCUCAAAAACUUGAACAACUAGAGAUGGUUUUGGGUUCAGAGGAUGGAAUCUCUCAUCUUGCUUCUGAUACUGUCCAUUACAACCCUUCAGAUCUCUCUGGUUGGGUUCAAAGCAUGCUUUCUGAGCUCAACAAUCUACCUUCUCCUGAUCUUGAUUCAUCUACUCUUCUUUCCAAUAAUCAAGAUUCAAAUCCUUCCACAAUGACCUCUUUAGAUUUCCCCAAUAAUUCUCAAUCUAAAGCAUUUGUUGACGACUCUGAAUAUGAUCUCAGAGCAAUUCCCGGCGUAGCUGCCUAUCCUCCACAAGAAUUCGAUAAGAGCAACGAUAGGAAGCGAAUGAAGCUCACCCUAGUUGGGUCCAAUACCGCGCCGACGCUAGCUGUGAAUUCCUUACAAUCUUCCAACUCGUCUUGUACUCCUUCUUCUUCUCCACAAGCAAUAAUGGCAGUUUCAGGUACUUUAUCGGAGCCCACGAGACCUGUAGUCCUGAUUGACUCACAGGAAACUGGGGUCCGUCUUGUUCAUACCCUUUUGGCUUGUGCAGAGGCAAUACAGCAAGAAAAUCUUAAACUUGCUGAUGCCCUUGUUAAGCAUAUUGGAGUACUUGCAGCAUCUCAAGCUGGUGCUAUGAGAAAGGUUGCCACGUACUUUGCUGAAGCUUUAGCUCGUCGAAUUUACAAGAUUUUCCCUCAAGAUCACUGUCUUGAUUCUUCAUAUUCAGAUACGUUAGAGAUGCAUUUCUACGAGACUUGCCCUUAUCUCAAAUUCGCACAUUUUACUGCCAAUCAAGCCAUUCUUGAAGCUUUCGCUAAUGCAAGUCGAGUCCACGUUAUCGAUUUUGGCUUAAAACAAGGAAUGCAAUGGCCGGCUUUAAUGCAAGCGCUUGCAUUAAGGCCUGGUGGUCCGCCAGCAUUUCGGCUGACGGGAAUUGGACCGCCGCAGCCCGAUAAUACUGAUGCUUUGCAGCAAGUGGGGUGGAAGCUAGCACAAUUGGCUCAAACUAUUGGGGUAGAAUUCGAGUUUCGUGGGUUCGUAGCAAGUUCUUUGGCAGAUCUUGAGGCGGAGAUGCUUGACCUCCGUCCUCCAGAGGUGGAGGCAGUGGCUGUUAACUCAGUUUUUGAGUUGCAUCGCUUGUUGGAUCGGCCGGGUGGCAUCGAUAAGGUUCUUGGGUCUGUUAAGGCCAUGAGGCCUAAAAUCGUGACGAUUGUUGAGCAAGAAGCAAACCACAACGGUCCGGUUUUUCUAGACCGGUUCACCGAGGCCUUGCAUUACUAUUCAAGCUUGUUUGACUCACUCGAAGGGUCCGGGGUGACUCCAACGAGUCAGGACCUGGUUAUGUCUGAGUUGUACUUGGGGAGGCAGAUAUGUAAUGUGGUGGCCUGCGAAGGGGCUGACCGAGUUGAGCGACAUGAAACGUUGGCUCAGUGGAGAACUCGGUUCGAUUCGGCUGGGUUCGACCCGGUUCAUCUCGGGUCGAAUGCCUUUAAACAAGCUAGCAUGUUGUUGGCCCUCUUUGCUGGGGGUGAUGGGUAUAGGGUAGAGGAGAACAACGGGUGUCUCAUGCUUGGGUGGCAUACUAGGCCACUAAUUGCCACCUCCGCAUGGCAGCUUGCCGCAGGAGAUUCAAGAUUACGAGUAAACUCAGCUGAGUUCGAGCUACCGAGUCAAUGAAAACUCAGGAACCCUUGUGAAUUUAGUGGAGUGAAAUGGUUGUGAGUUGAUGAGGGUGCGAGUGAGACUUUAGACUUGGAGGUUAAAAGGUAAAAGUGAGAAUCCAACACCUCUCGGUCAAUUUUUAAUUUUUUUUUUUUUAAUUUCAUUUGCUUUGAAGACCUCUUCCAUGUAGUUUCUUAGAAUUUUUUUUUUUAAGAAUCGAGAUGUGUAUCUAUUUGUCAACCUUUGAAUAAAAUGGGUACUUCUUUUUAUAUAA